AUGAUGCCCUUAGUCAGCGAUAAAUCCAUUGCACCGUCGUUGGAGAAUAAGCCCGCCGAAGAACCAAAAAAAUUAAAAGCUUGUUGUGCUUGUCCGGACACAAAAAGAGUCAGAGAUGCUUGUAUUAUGGAAAACGGAGAAGAAAAAUGUGGGCAUCUAAUCGAAGCACAUAAGGAAUGCAUGAGAAAAAUGGGUUUUAAUAUUUGA